UGGGUGAAACCUUUGCAGGGGAGGCGAUUCCCAUCAGAGAAAAGCUUUUGAUAGUUUGGAAGAAAUGAGAUUCAGGGUUUAGCUAGCUGUUGAUGUUCUGUUUCUCUCUCUCUGAUGGUUUUGGAGUUAAAUGUCUGUUACUGGGCUUUUGCUUGACCUUAUGGGCUGUUGAAGGAGAGUGAUUAUUGAUAAACUCAUCAUGUUGAUGUUAAGUUAACGUCAUUAGUGAAGAAAGUGUGGAGUUCACGUCAUGUAACUGUGGGAUCCAUGAUUGCCCGAUCCGACCAGUCUUAAGUUAACUUUAAGAUCUUUUUGUUUGAUCUUUACAGAUUCUUGGUUGUGAAUCAAUGUGACAUUUGGGGGACAAAGAGACAAUGAUUUCCCAUUUAAAAGAGACAAAACAGAGGAACAUAAGAGAGAGAGAGAGAGAGAGAGAGAGAGAGCGAGUGGUCCCCAACCAGAAUCCUCUUUAGCUUCUGUUUUACUUCUUUUUUUUUCAAAAUCCUGUCAGAAAUGGAUCAGAAAAUGGGGACACACAAGUUCAGAUUUUCAGCCAUUAUGCCUCACUCAUGGCUCUACAAGCUCAAAGGAAUCAGCAGAAGUAGCAGAAAACGCCUUCCUUCUUCUCCCAAACACCUCUCCUCCACUGAUGCUUCUUCCUCAAGAAAGCUCCGUGAAACUCUUCUUUUUUCUUCAUCUGUUCAUCACCCUCAAAGUUCUUCUCCACCUCCCAUUUACAAGCCUUCCUCAAGGCUCAAGCUCUCUUCCUCCUCUCUAAACUCUCAUGUUACUCUCACGACUUAUCGGAAUCAUCGCUCUGUAUUAACCUCUGUAAAUGCAAUCAUUCUGGACCCUCCUCUCAGUUCUCAUGUUUCUCUCACUUCUUCCUGGAGUCACCGCUCUAAGUCCACCGUUGGAAGCUCGUCUAAGCCUGUGUCAUCAUCUCCUUCUGACCAAAACUAUGGCUUUUCCCAUGAACCUGAAUCAAAGUCAGUUGACAUCAAGGCUUUGAACAGUGUUGAUUCUGAAGAUCCUUCAAUCUCAGACAACUCGAGUACUGUCUUGGUUGAGACUGUAAAGCAAAAAACAUGUGAUACGAGGACACAGCAGAAACUGAAGAAACCGAAAGCUGGUUCUUCAGGGACAAGGAUUCGGGUGAAUUCACCGAAGAAAGCUAGAAGGAAGACAAAGGCAAGUACAUCCUACACAUCAAAGAGGAAGGGAAACUCGGAGAGUUUCGCGAUAGUGUUGACUUCGGUGGAUCCAGAGAGAGAUUUCAGAGAAUCCAUGGUUGAGAUGAUUGUUGAGAACAAGAUGAAGGAACAGACAGACCUGGAGGAUCUUCUUGCGUGUUAUCUUUCGCUGAACUCGAGUGAGUAUCAUGACAUCAUCAUCAAGGCUUUCGAGAAGACAUGGUUUCAUUUGACUCACGUCACCUGAGAACUCCCUUCUCUCCGAGGCCAAGCGCAUGCAACUUGAUCAAACACACGUGUAACCUUUUAUAUUAUUGAAGCAGCAAGUUUGUUUUUUACACACUACACUAUAGAUAUUACAUGAAUACAGAUUUAGAGUAUAUUUUCAAACUAA